CAGGAACCCCUACAGAAAGGUUGCUGCAUUUUUAGCCGUGGAUGGACGUGGUGGAUUUGUGCUAAAUUUUACUGGAAAGUGGACAAACACAUUUCAGAGUCAUGGAGCUACUUUGUCUGCUGCUCUAUGUUACUGUCAACCUGGCAUGCAUUGAGGGGUACAAGUGGACAAGACAGAAUCUGCCAGUGCUGAUGGAUCAAAACACCCAGCUUCUUGAGCAAUCUUUGUUCAGAGAACAAGUGGAAAAUAUGAAUGUCGGGCAAUUUGAAAAGCUCUGUGGAAUCGAGUGUCAAACAAGCCUACCGCCCUUAAACCAAAGCGAGCAAGAAAGAAUUCUGGGAUACGAGACGAUGUACGAUAAUGGCACGCGUACUCACACCGAUGUCAGGUUGCGAGGUCUGAAUACGACGGAAUCGACUUCAUAUGUUUCGUCGCUAACUCGCACAAAACGGCAGGUUUUCGGUGCUGACGGUCGCUUCGUCAUCUCCGACCUGAAGUUCAUCACCAACUACCCUUUCGCCACCGCCGUGCGUCUUUCCACAGGAUGCUCCGGGGUCCUAGUUUCCUCCAAGCACGUGCUGACGGCGGCUCAUUGCAUCCACGAUGGUCGCUACUACUUGGAAAGCGUGAAAUAUCUGAAAGUUGGAGUGCUACAUCUCAAAAGUAAAAGAGGAAAGAGGAGACGGCAAAGGGCUGUGAGCAAAAUAAAUCAGCAAAACAUGAAGAAACGGCCUGUUUUUCGCUGGAUUCGAGUCAAACAAACGCGUAUCCCUCAAGGAUGGAUCCACUCCAAGAACUCUACAACGUCCCUAGCCGCAGACUACGACUAUGCCCUUCUGGAACUUAAACGGGGCGUCAAACAGAAGAAGUUUAUGGACAUCGGGGUGGCGCCCCGCACCUUUCAACCAGCCCGGAUCCAUUUCUCAGGCUACGAUGACGAUAAAAGCUUAGAAGGCACCCAAGGGGGCGAGAAGGUGGUCUACCGCUUCUGCUCGGUGGCGAAAGAAUCCAAAGAUUUGAUGUACCAGCAUUGCGACGCUCAACCAGGUGCCGCCGGGGCGGGGGUUUAUGUCCGGUUGAGAGAGGACGGCGGGAAGGGAAGGUGGCGCCGAAGAGUGAUCGGAGUGUUCUCGGGUCAUCGGUGGGUUGAAGUUGGGGGCGGUGAGCAGAGGGACUUUAACGUGGCGGUGAGGAUCACUCCUGCCAAAUAUGCGCAGAUUUGCCACUGGAUCCACAAAGACCCCACUCAGUGCAAGACUGUUUAAAAUACUUUUUUUAAUGAGGACUGAAGUGUCAUAUAUUUUUAUGUCUGAAGCUAAAUCUGAAUAAAUACAUUGAACACACAAAAAAAGGAGGGGGCGCUACUUUGCGGUUUUUCACUUAUAGCGGCGGGUCUUGGUCCCCAUUAACCACGAAAAACGAGGGAUCGCUGAAUAUACAAACGGAAAUUGUGACUUUCGGGGAAAAAAAUUGAGUAGGAAUCCGAAGAUAAUCGGCGUUACUAACGGCGUUCUUUUUGUCAGUAAUGA